AUGGAGGUUCGGAAAUUGUAUAUUGUUAUUACACUUUCAGAGAAACAUGUAACCAUACAACCAUUGGGGUUUAAAUACAAGAAAGAUGAUAACCGAAGAGCACUAAUGGAGACACCUAAUAUAGCUUCAAUGAGAGCAGCAUUUUUCAAAAAAUAUAUGGAAAAUAAACAUUUAGAAUUUACACGUCAACUAGUUUUUCUCGAUGAAACAUGGAUUUUCUCAAAGGGCAACAAAAUGAAAUCAUGGCAAGAUGAGAAUGUAAAGAGUGUGUUGGAUUUUGCUAGUAAAUCGAAACUGAUGGAUUAUCAUGGAGAAAUGCAUAGUGAGAACUUUACAAAACGGGUAGAAAAUCAAUUAAUUCCAAAUUUAGAAGAACCAUCUUUAACUGUAAUGGAUAAUUCUCCAUAUCAUUCAGUUGAGUUGGAAAAGCAACCAUCAUGUUCUUGGAAAAGAGGUGAAAUUGUUGAGUGGCUCGAGAAGAAUGAAUUUCGAUUUGAUAAGCAGAUUUUUAAAGCAGAAUUGUUGAGCUUAGCAAAGUUACACAAAAAACCAAAGAAAUAUAAAAUAGAUCAAUUAUUACAAGCAAAUGGACAUGAAGUUUUAAGAUUGCCACCCUACCAUUGUCAGUUCAAUGCUAUUGAAAUGAUUUGGGCCGAUACAAAAUAUAAUUAUAAUACACAUAUUGGUGGAGUUGGGCAUACAGAUGAAAACGUUUUAGAAAUGUGGCAAAAAGCUUUAGAAAAAUGUACGCCAGAAGUAUAA